UGACCAGUUUACUUCAUCUCAGUCGCAGACCUCACGUUAUGGACGGCCUUUCGGGCGCAGCAAGCGUCAUCGCAGUGAUCGACAUAUCCGCCAAGAUUGCCUCGCUAUGCGUCCAGUACUCUAUGGCCGUAAAGGACGCGAAGGGCGAUAUCGAACGUGUGCAGAGAAAAGUUAGCGACAUCAACCACGUGCUAAAGAAGAUUAAGCAGCUCCUCGACAGCCAGGACAAGACUCGGCUCUCUGCCCCCCAAGGCCUGUUAGACUCGCUCGAACAAUGCCUGAACGAGUUGGAAAGCUUAGGUGUGAAGCUAGAACCGGGAAAGACCCGCAAGACUAUAAGCCGGUUUGGUUUACGUGCGCUUAAAUGGCCGUUCACGAGCAAGGAGGUAGACAAGAUCGUUUUAAACUUAGAAAGAUACGAACAGACCUUUGGCUUAGCGCUACAGAUUGAUCAGACAGCCGUUGUGUUCAGCAUAGACCAGAAGCUGGAUCUGGCCAAACUGCCUGUCGCGAUAGGCGCCUCCUUCAAUUCCCACAACGAAGAGCACAACGCACGAUGCCUACCAAACACCCGCACCGAGCUGCUAGACGAGAUCACAACAUGGGCGAACAAUAAAGAUGGCAAGUCUAUAUUUUGGCUGAGCGGCAUGGCAGGCACAGGAAAGUCAACAAUUGCGCGGACGGUCGCUCAGUCGUUCGCCAGUCGAGGGCAACUUGGAGCCAGCUUCUUCUUCAAGAAAGGCGAGGGCGAGCGCGGCAACGCCUCACGGUUCUUUGCCACCAUCGCUACCGACUUGGUGGUACACGAGCCCGGCAUGCUACCUGGCAUUAGGAAGACGCUCGACGAGGACUCUACGAUCUCACACAAGGCUCUAAAAGACCAGUUCGAGAAGCUGAUCCUAGAGCCACUAUUGGGAAUAAAGCAGGCUCGCUCGCAGGCCUUAGCGCGUGUUGUCGUGAUCGACGCGCUGGACGAAUGUGAGCAGGAAGCAGACAUUCGGGCGAUACUCCAGCUGCUUGCUCGGACAAAAGACAUUCGCCUAGUGCCGCUGCGGAUCGUGGUGACUAGCCGGCCCGAACUCCACAUCCGCCUCGGCUUUAAGGAGAUGCCGAACGGCACAUACCAGGACCUCAUCCUCCACGAAGUACUAAGAAGCACGAUUGAACACGAUAUCCGUCUGUUUCUAGAGCAUAAGUUCGCCAUGAUACGAAAAGAGCGCAAGUUGGCUUCAGACUGGCCAGCGAAGCAACAGAUCCUCGCGCUCGUUGAGCUGGCUGUGCCGCUGUUCAUCUACGCUGCCACUGUGUGUCGAUAUGUCGGUAGCAAAGGAAGCAAUCCUAUGGCUUUUCUAAAUAAGGUCCUGCAGUAUCAGAAGGCAACCUUUUCGCAGCUAGAUCAGACGUAUCUCCCUGUGCUCGAUCAGCUGCUUAGUGAGCAGGAGGAAGACGAGAAGGAGACGUGGCUUCAGGCUUUCCGAGAAGUUGUUGGUAGUAUUGUUGUUCUCGAAAGUCCACUCUCUGCCAUCUCGCUUGCCCGCCUAUUACAAGUUCCACAAGAAGAGAUCCAGUGUCGUCUUGACCCUCUACACUCUGUUCUUAGUGUUCCUAACAAUAAAGACGCGCCUAUUCGUCUUUUGCACUUGUCCUUUCGCGAGUUCCUCCUCGACCCCAAAAAGCAAGGAGAGAGCCCGUUUUGGGUGGAUGAGAAAAUGACACACCAGAAGCUUGCAUCUCGCUGCCUCGAGCUUAUGUCUGGAUCUGGCGGUCUUCAUCAGGACAUGUGCGGCCUUCCAGGCCCUGGAGUACUAAGGAGCGAGGUAGAUGAGCAGACAGUUGCUACUAGGCUGCCACCUGAUCUACAGUAUGCGUGUCGCUACUGGGUUGACCAUCUCAAGCAGAGUGGGCAAGGCAUUGUUGACGGAGACGCCACGCACCUCUUUCUACGGAAGCAUCUUCUUCAUUGGCUUGAGGCUAUGAGCCUUAUAAGAGAACUGAGUACAUGCAUUAACUUGCUCGACAGCCUUCAGACGCUUACUAGUGCACAUACAAUACUAGUUUCAAGCUUUCUCCAUGACGCUAAGCGGUUCGUGCUGCGGUUCCGGUCUGUGCUUAUAGACGCACCGUUGCAGACCUAUUACUCGGCGUUAGUAUUCGCACCAGAGAAGAGUGUGAUACGACGAACAUUUAUAGGCCAAGUGCCAGAAAAGGUGGAGAUGCUAUCUAAGAAAGACGUAGACUGGGAUGCGUGUCGCAGCACGCUCGAGGGCCAUUCCGCCUAUGUCGCCGCGGUAGCCUUCUCGCCAGACGGGCAGCUGGUCGCAUCAGCAUCUUGGGACAAGACAGUACGGUUGUGGGAGGCGGCGACAGGGACAUGUCGCAGCACGCUUAAAGGCUUUUCUGAGUACAUCACCUUUAUCAAUUUCUCACCAAAUGGGCAGGUACUACACACAAACCAAGGCGAUAUUCCUUUGCCUCAAGCCUCUGUUAGUACAUCGCUCUUGAGGCCGACGCAGCAGUCCUCGUACAUUCUAGUGCAGAAUCAGUAGAUAUUACGCAACUAACAACGUUACUUAUGGCUUCCUCCAGAGUAUCGAUCAUACUCAACCACAGUACGCGAGGACAGAGCUUGUCUGGGGCUUGUAUCUGGUCGUGUGGUUCUGCUUAGGAUUCUCUAGUAUCACGGUUAUACAGAUUCGCUUUAAUACAAAGUAUAACUAGUGUAGAUUCUCUAUUAUAAAGCAAAUAAUCGCCGU